UAGUGUGCUGACAGGGAGUCCUGUCAUGUGCUCCACCUUUUGAGGGGUUGAGGCUUUGCUAUGGUCCCCCAAGGUUCUUGUACUGUCUCAGUACAACUGCAAUGCUGACAAGUUUUGUGGCUUCAUCAUGGCUUUUAAUCUCCUACCAUUUAUGUGUUUUUCAGUUUGACUUUCAGUAUUGAGUUAGUGUUCCAAGAGGUACACCUCCAUGUGAAAAACGCAGGCAAAUUACAAUUCCCAAAUGUGUGGCCCACUAUGAGCAAGAGAGAUCUGUGGGGCGACAGGCACCCAGAUUGCCCAGAAAGGCAGCACUUGAGACCAGACCAGGACUUUGCAAACGAAGAGGAUAACAAUUUUGGUUCCCAAUCGCAUUUACUGGGCUCUGGAGGUGCUGGUGGCAAAGGUGUCAAGAGUGGGGGAGGUUUGGCCUCCACCACGGCAACUUCAGGGGCCCAAGGGCCCAUUAUCAACCUUCGACUGGAGCCCCUCACCUCUGCCAGCCUGAGUCUUGGCAGAGGGCUGACUCCUGCUGGUUCUGAACAGUAUCUUGGUGGUAGCAGUGCUGCUCUUACCGCAACAGCUGCAUUGUCUGCUGGAGGACUUGGGAACACACCAGGAGCCAUCAGUGCUGCAUCUCUAGCUGCCAACACAAGCACCACUUUUGCUGGCCCUAGCACAAUGCAGUCAUCUAAUUCAGCAGUAGCUGGUGGAGGUGCUGGAACUCGACAGAGUAGUAGCUCUACAGCAUCGACCUCCUCAUCGGGAGUGUUGAUGGUGGGGCCCAACUUCAGGGUUGGCAAAAAAAUUGGCUGUGGCAACUUUGGCGAAUUGAGAUUAGGUAAAAAUUUAUACAACAAUGAACACGUGGCUAUUAAAUUGGAGCCCCUCAAGUCGAAGGCUCCUCAGCUACACCUGGAGUAUCGAUUUUACCGAAUGAUGGGCCGACGCAGUACCACAAUUGGUUUACCUGAAGUCUACUAUUUCGGGCCUUGCGGCAAGUACAGUGCACUGGUCAUGGAGCUGCUUGGUCCAAGUCUGGAAGACCUGUUCGACCUGUGUGGUCGAAGGUUCUCUUUGAAAAACGUCCUUAUGAUUGCCUUGCAGUUGAUUGAUAGAAUAGAGAUGGUGCACCGGCACGAUCUAAUCUACCGUGAUGUAAAACCAGAAAACUUCCUUAUCGGCCGGAGUCAUAAUAAAAAGGACAAAAUCAUCCACAUAAUUGAUUUUGGUCUGGCGAAAGAGUAUAUUGAUGCAGUCACCAAUAAACACAUCCCUUACCGAGAACAUAAAAGCCUGACGGGCACAGCCCGGUAUAUGAGCAUCAACACACAUCUCGGGAAAGAGCAAAGCAGACGAGACGACUUGGAAGCUUUAGGACACAUGUUUAUGUAUUUCUUGCGUGGAAGCUUACCAUGGCAAGGCCUCAAAGCCGACACGCUGAAGGAGCGCUAUCAGAAAAUCGGCGAAACGAAGAGAGCAACUCCCAUCGAGGCUCUUUGCGAAGGCUAUCCUGAGGAGUUUGCUACCUACUUACGGUACGUCCGGAGGCUAGAUUUUUUCGAAAGGCCGGACUACAAUUACUUACGAAAAUUGUUCCGAGAUCUCUUUGACCGGAUGGGUUACAUCGAUGAUAACGAGUUCGACUGGACUGGCAAAACAAUGCCAGCCAAUCUGAGCCAAUUGCGAGCCCUUCGUAAUGCACCACCGUCGGAUGCCACUCACACGGGAAAGUCGACUCCGGUGGGAUCCGUGUCAACUAACCAGGAGGUGAUCAUAUCACCCAACAGGGAACGGCAUCCAGCUACCAACCGGCAGCCAGCCGGUGCAGCUAAAACUGGAUGGGCUGAAGGUGUCAAGGCGUCUGCGGCGUCGGCGGGCACAUCCGGUGGGCCUGGAGGCGGAAACCUGCUGGGAGGUACAUUGACUCCGGCCGAUCGCCACGGCUCCGUCCAGGUCGUUUCGUCCACCAACGGCGAAUUGGGCGGCGACGAUCCAGCCGGCCACUCACACACCCCCAUCACGGCUCAGCCUGAAAUUGAAAUGGCUGAGGAGACCAAAUGCUGCUGCUUCUUCAAGCGGAAGAAGAAGAAAUCAUCUCGACCCAAGUAGAUGAGAGAAAAAAGAGGAAACGAAAUCGAUCCCUCUUCCCGUGCUUAACACUCCCUCUCACUCCCCCCCUAAAACCCUCCUCCGCCCCCCACCGCCGCCGCUACCACCACGACCGCCACCACCUUCGUUCGCCCCUCACGAAAUGCGACACACAUUUUCUUUCGCAUUUCGCUCUCUCUCGACGCUGUCCAUUAACAAAAAGAGAGGGACAAGGAAAAAAGAUGACUAGGAGAGAGAGGCUCUCGGUAACGUGAGCGCAAGCAGUGAGCUCUCGGGCUGUACAUAAAGGCAACGAUGUCUUAAGUGUUUGUUUCACUGCGAUGAAGAGAAAAGGACGUCUUCCGAUCUGCCUCACUGCGUGCACCUCUUACGAUUCCCUCUGCGUUCCCUUUUUUCUUGCAACAACAUCCAUCGAAAUGAAAAUGUUUUCAAACGUCGUUCGUCGCCGUGACCGAGACGGUGUCUGCAUGCAACCCGUUCGGGUUUCCCCGAGGUCUUUUGACAGAGGACGACGAUUGCGAUGAAAGAGUGAUGACUCUUGUUUCAACCUUUUCUCUUUUCUCCAAUGUUCGCAUUUCGUCCGGCUUUUGUAUUUUCUUGUUUUGUUUUUUUCCUUCUUCAAUUUGGGACCAAAUUCAGGCGGCCCAUGUCGAUUCGCAUCAACACUUCAUCAUCCAUUUACAGCGGCUCCGCCCUAUCCCAAUAGAAAAAAAGCGAGAGAGAACAUCCAGACAAGUCGUGUGUUUGUGUUUUGCGUGUUGCACAUAACACAUUCUCUAUCCCCCCCCCCCCCCCCCAGAAAAAAGUAUUUCUCCUCUCUCGCUCUCCUCACAUCUCUUCAAUUUGUUAUGACAAGUUGUUGCACGGAGCCUUGCGUGUGAUAAAAAGGACUUGGAACGAUAAGGCAAAAGAAGAAGAAGAAGAAGAACAAGAACAAGAGCGGGAAAAUGCGCGCAAUCGUCUCCUCUCUUCACGUGUUGUUGCAGUUAACAAAACGAAGAAAAUGGGGGGUGGGGGGGGUAUGUGCGUGUUUGGUGGGUGGCCGUGUGUUUGUGACUCGUCGCUCUUUUUUUCUUUUUUGUUUUGUUUUUUGGGACUGGACAAAAAAAAAAAGAAAAAAAAAUGGAAAAGAUGUGCGUGGUUAGGUGCAAAAAUGUGUGUCAAUCAUCUCAUCUCCGACCGCCAUUCCGUCCGCCUAAAAUAAUCACCCGCCAAUCACUCCCCUUUCUCAUCAAAUCUGCCUGAUUUUGUGUUCUUUUACGUGUUGUUACUUAUUCUCCUGACGGCACUGGACCGGCUCAACAUCGAUAUGCUGCAAUUUCUCCCGCGCGCGCACUCCACCCGCAUUUUUUGAAGGCCUGCGUCAAGAAAAGGAAAUGGAAGAAGAAAAAAAAAUAGAGGCGCCGCAGAAUUGGAUCGGCGUCCGCUUUUCUGCUAAUGGAAGAAACAUGAAACGAGAAGGGGGGGCGUUGUGGUCACUAGUGGUGAACGUCGACGGCGGUGGUUAAUUCAAAUGGCAAGAAAAGAAAACGAAACAUUGAUGAUACAUACUAUAUCAAGUGUCCGUGUGUGUGUGUGUGUGUGUGUGUGUGUGUGUGUGCAUGUUGCGACAAGUCUCUGCAAUCGUGUGUGCCCGUGUGUAAAUGAUGUAACAACUGACGUUUCGAUCAGGAGAAAACAGAGUGCGUCGGUACACUGCCCCACUCCAGCUGGAUACCGGCCGUCCCCCCGCCCCUCCUCUUUCAUUCACUCUUAUGACGACGGCUUGCAAAUUUCAUUCUCCAGAUCCCGCUAACGAAUUCUACACCUUUUACAUAGACACACACACACACACACACACACUGUAUUAUUACUGCUGCUGCUGCUGUUGCUGCUUGUGCAUUAGUCUCCAUUUCAAAAGUUUUUGUUGGUUUCACUAUGAAUUAUUUUUGUGGCAAUUCAAUCCCCCUCCUCCAUUACCCCCCUUUUUUCUCUCUGUCUCUCUUUGAGUUUUUCCUAAUUUGGGCUUUCGGGUAAUGAUUUCUUUAAUAGAUGGAUCCUGAUAGGGGAGUAGGACCAUACAUACACACACACACACAAAGGGGUAGGUGGGCAUUGGAGAAGAAGAUUCGAGUUUUUUCUUUCUUCCGUGUCGAUUUCAUUGAGAAUCCAUAUAUUUGUGACAGAACCGGAUGUUGUUAUUUCGGCCAGGCUUAGUUUUUUUUUUUUUUUUUUUUUUUCUUGUGUGUGUGUGUCUGUCUCAUUUCUCUCACUGGAAAAGAAAAGACGAAAACGUGAAUGGAUUGUUUGUUCUUCACUUCUCAUCCACCCCUCGCUCUUUUGUUCCACCUGCUUCAAUUUGUAUGGCGAUACAAGAGUCAUCGUGAAGAGGGGAAAGAAGAGAGCGUCAAAAUGUGUGUGUGCAAAGUGUGCGUGCCGUUCCUCUCUUGUUUUCAAUUUUUUAAUUCAGUAAAUAUUAUUACCUCUGUCUAUCCGUCUCUGGCCAUCGAACCGACGUGUUAUCAUCUGUGGAUUCGAUUUGAUUUGAGAAAAACAAAACUAAUAACACCGAAAAAAAAAAUCAUUUAAAAAAAAAAAAAAGUUUUUGGCAUAUCCUCUUGGCAAUUCCUCAUCAAGUCUCAUUAUAUAAUUCAUUCAUUUUUCUUUUUGUUCUUAUGAAGAAAAUAUUUCAUUAGAUCGAUCAUAUUUUUUUUUCCUUUUCUCUCCAGCGCAGUUUGUCAUCCGUGAUUUUUCCCUGUUUUUUUUUUCUUUUCUCGUGUCUUUUCAUCACGAUUAAAAAAAUAAAUAAAACACUCAUCUCCCGUCACGCCUAUUGUCCCCUUCCAUCAUGAUUCAUUUCAUCAUCUCCACCACCACCUCUUUGCUCUUGUAUAACGUGUUUACUUCGUUUGUAUUUUUUACAAUGACUCGCCAACAACUCAGUAAAUACACCCCCAACCCCAUAAUUAAUAAUAAUACAAAUCGGAGUAAAUAAAAGAUCCGAAUCGUC